AGGGCAAUCCCAUUUUCUGCGAACGGUAGUGUCCACGAGGGCAUGAACAACUCGUUCGGCGAUCAAAGCACAUCAUGGAGUGUUGAAGAGAACUCUAUCAAAUGGGUUGCUGAAUUGCUAAUCCAUAAUUCGUCUACAAAUGAGUCUGCUCAUUAUCUCCCCAUUUUGGCAUUGAACACCUCGGUCUACACCAACAUCAGUCUUAUAGUGUUCUACUGUAUUGUCCUACCUCUGAAUGUAUUCCUCUUCGCCUCUAUCGUUCCAGAGUUGACGCGAAGCUCUGUUAUGAAAUUGAAACUUCUCGUCGCUACACUAGUUGCUGUAAACAUUUUAUGGAGCGUGACAUGGCUUUUUCUUUCGGUAGCUGUCACCAUCAUUCAGGAAAGCGAUGAGGUUAUGUUUAUUCUAAAUGCUGAAGAAGACGGUGUCUACCUACAAAAAAGCAUAUGGGAGAUUGUUGCACAUCAGCUUAUCGAAAAUCUUCUCAGCGUCCAGUCUAUAGUCAUCUUCGCCAUAUCCAUAGAUCGAUACCUAAACCUGUUUAGUAGUUACGCGACCAACUGUGAAAAUAUAUUUGCAAAGAUGUUCCUGGUAAUUGUGCCUUUCCUGACAGCAGCUACAGUAUUUGACCAUCGCGUGUUAGCUCUGGUCCUCCCAGCAGAGAGUGCAGUCUUUUGCAGACUAUGUCUUCUCCUCUGUCCAUCCCUGCUUGCGGUGACAUUGCUUUUGAUAGCAUUGUUCCCGACAGAGUCCAAGAAUGGGUUCGAACCACGAUUUCCAAUGUCAAUGAGCAUAGCGCUACCACGAGUGAUGCUUUUGGUCGCUAUUCUUGAUGUCUUCUGGAGAACAGCAUUUUUCUUUCAACUUAUUGAAGUUGAUUUUGAAUUUCAUAUCAUUACGGGAAGCCAGACUGGCGAUCAUAUGCUACAAAACUUCUUGAAUGCGACGUAUGAGGUUGCAGUUUUCAUCGUUCACUUCUCCACAUUUUAUCUUCCUAUACUGCUCAUGGUUUUCGUUCGACAUUAUCGGACACAAAGUUCGUCGCGUUUCUCGCAGAUAUCCGCGAUGUUAUGCUGCAGAUCGGACACGGUCGUUGACUAUCGUUGCGAGACAAUGCGAUCAAUCCUGGCUGAUCAGAAAAAACGACGAAGUAUGAUGAUGUCAGUGCAUUAACAUGCUGCACUAGCAAAGAAAUGCACUUUUAUCCGAACAUCAACAAAAAUGAGGUUGCCAAAAAAUUUCGCCUUACGAGACUGUCCAACUCGCUCGGGAAUGCUAUUUUUGCAACACAAUCGCAGGCUGUAAUCUUCGACAUCUUAGUGUUAGUAUCAAGCUACUAAUUUCGUACAAUUUCAUCUCCAUUUAUAGCUUCAAAACUUUCCAUUCACCUGUAUAACAUGAGAAUUAACAGUGUUGGUGUGUGAAAUUCGCAUGUACUUUUCACUAUCUUUCACCGUUUGAUAUCAUUUUUAUACAGUGUAAAUGCGUAGCAGUCUUCUUUAGAAGAUUGCUCUGUUUGAAGAGAUUUCCGCCUUUUUU